UUGAUCAUCAGUUCGGGGUUGAAUCAACCAGCUUGUUCUUCUUUUAAAAGUAGAGGAACUAAAUUUGUACUUCACCCAUUGCAGAAAUCCUUUUGUGGUUGUAGACACGCACUGUUACCAAUGGAAGUUGGGAAUAGAGACAGAGCACCGAUGCACUACUUGUUGAAGGUAGAAUCUUUCUCCCAACUGUCUGAACUACUUUCAGAAACUAUAGAGAAAAGAUGUGAAUCUACAGCUUUUGAAGCAGGGGGAUAUAAAUGGAAGCUGGUUCUUUACCCAGUCGGUGACAAAGCAAGAAAUGGGGAUGGACAUGUAUCUCUCUACCUAAUGAUUGUGGAAACUAGAACUUUACCUCGUGGAUGGACUGUACAUGCUAAUUUCCAAUUUUUUGUGUAUGAUCAUGUUCAAGACAGGUUUUGUACCUUUGAAGAUUCCAAUGCAAAAGUUAGAUGUUUUCAUGCACUCAAAACUGAAUUAGGAUUUCCAAGAUUACUCUCUCUUGGAGAUUUUAAGGACCCUUCUAAUGGAUAUCUUGUUGGAGACGCAUGUGUUUUUGGAGUACAAGUGGUUGUGCAGCUAUAUCCUAAAGGAAAUCCAGAGAGAAAUUCUGCAGGAAAUUUAUCAAUGUAUUUGAUGUUAAAGGAUAGUACUGCUGAGAGUAUGCUAACCUGUGCUCGGUUUUCGCUGCUAAUAAAAAACCAGCGCUAUUACAAUGAUGUAUCCUUUACAGAUACUGGUACUGGUUCUAACUUCGCACGUGGAUGGGGUAGGGCAAAGGUCAUACCCUUGAGUCGUCUUCAGAACCCAACUCUUGGUUUUCUGGUUGAUGAUACGCUAGUAGUUGAAGCUAAGGUGGAAACUAUUUUCAAAUUACGGUCCGUCUCCUGAAGUGUGGACUAUGGUGUGAGUAUUUAAGGCAGCUAUCGACGUUGAAGAAAGCAAGUCUGUUUUGUCUCAUGUGCAUGCUGUUAAAUGGUGCAUGCUGUUAAAUAAAAGUUCACUUUUAAG